AUGUCAUCUAAACUUCAGAGUUCAGCCGCCUGGCAGGCUGGUUUUCUUUCGUUUCUUUACAAUCAACUCAUUGUUCGACCAAAGGCCCUCCCGCCAACGACAAGCCUUGUCGGCCAGACAGCCAUCAUCACCGGCGCAAACAGGGGUCUAGGAUUCGAAGCCGUGCGACAACUCCUCGAAUUGGGUUUGUCACAUCUAGUCUUGGCCGUCCGCUCGCAGUCAAAAGGCGACGAUGCAGCAGCCAAACUGCGGACACAGUUCCCCAACGCCAAAAUCGAGACUUCUAGUCUGGACAUGUGUGACUACGACUCAAUCACGGCGUUCGCACGGCGUUGUGAAGAACUAGAUCGAAUCGACUUCGUUAUACUGAACGCCGCCGUAAUCAUGCGCGAGUUUGAGCGAAAUCCCAAGACUGGACACGAGAUGACGUUCCAAAUCGAUUAUUUGUCCACCGCGCUGCUGACGGUAUUAAUGGGAUCCGUCCUCAAAGGGAAAAAGAAUCAGUCGUCUAGGACGGGAAACCCGCCCGUUUUGUCUGUCGCAGGAUCCGGCAUCAUCUACACCAGCAAGCUCGCGACGACCGGUCCUGUUCUGGCUCAAUUCGACAACCCGGAUAAAUAUUCACAACUCGGGGAUUACGGGAACUCAAAACUCGCGCUGAUGAUGUUCACGUCCAAACUCGCCGCACAGAUAAGUCCCCAGGAUGUCAUCAUCAACGUGUUCGAUCCGGGAUUUACUAGGGAUACAAACAUCGGGAAUACAAAGGAGGAUCCAAGAUUCGCGAUCCGAUACUUAUGGCCUAUUGUCGUGAAGGCUUUUGCCCGGCAACUGAGGGCGGGUGCGAGCAUCUAUGCGUAUGCCUUGUUAGGCGUGGGGAAGGAGAGCCACGGGAGCUUCGUGGGUGAUUGGACUAUCAAAGCGUAUCCCCCUGUUAUGUACACGAAGGCGGGUGAAGCAUUGAGAGAUCGGUUGUGGGAGGAGACGAUGGAGGAGCUGAACUUUGCGGGGGCGAGUAGUAUUGUGUCUCGACUUCGCACUAAUUAG